UCCAGGUCUCCAGUCUCUGGUAUCGCAUGCACUUCACAGCUUGUUUGGCUCCUCCUCCCUUUGACAAAAAUCACAUCCGCAACCUGAACUUCAAACCGAAGUCGGGCGGUGCUGCUGCCGGCAGUUCAGGGCAGGACCCCCCCCUCCCCCUAGCAAAAAAAAAAAAAUAAAAUAAAGUAACUGGACAAAAGCAACAUGAUCGGCACAAUAUGAAUACCUCGGAAUGAUCUCAAACAGGAGCUCGGCUCGCACUGAUUUCCCAUCAACAUACAGGAAGGCGCGUUUAUUUUUUACAUUUAAAUGACUGGCAUUAGCGCACAGGACAGCGCAACUGUUUAGCUGCCCGCUUUAUAUUUAAUUUAUAUUGCUGCAUUGCACUCUUAUUUUGGGAAGGUGAAAGCGUCUGUGUGGAUAAAACAAACUCCGUGAAGCUCAGCGUCUCCUCCAAACGGACCUCGGAAUAUGCGCUCCGCGCUGCUACUAAAACUGCUUCAUCUUCUAAACUUGUCUUCGGGGCAUUGAGGUCAAAGAAAAUGAGCAAAAACCUGCGAAAAAGUGCUGCUGUGACAGAGAGGAAUGAUGUGACAGCUAACCUUAAACAUUUGUGGUUUGUUAUACCUUCGGCAUAUUAAGCUUUGGCUCCCAGUCAGCACGCUCGCCCGACAGUCCCCACCAUGGCCUCUCCUUGCACACUCUUGCUGGCGUUGAUUGUUUCAAUGGGACUGCCUGAAGCAGGAUUUUCUUGUCCUCGCCCAUGUGCCUGUUACCUGCCAACAGAAGUUCACUGCACUUUCAGGUCUUUGAUAACGGUGCCUGCCAAAAUUCCCAAACAUGUGGAAAGAAUCAAUUUAGGGUUUAACACCAUUAACUCAGUAACAGAAAGUUCCUUGGCUGGACUGAGAAAACUGGAACUACUAAUGAUCCAUGGGAAUGACAUCCAUAACCUACCUGAUGCUGUAUUCAAGGAUUUGAUAUCUUUACAGGUAUUAAAAAUGAGUUAUAACAAACUAAAAAUUAUAACUGGACAGACUUUUCAGGGACUCUCUAGUCUGAUGAGGCUGCAUGUUGAUCACAACAAGAUCGAGUUUAUUCACCCGGAUGCUUUUAAUGGCUUGACUUCUCUGCGACUGGUCCAUCUAGAGGGCAACCAAAUUCAGCAGCUCCACCCCAGCACAUUUGCCACCUUUUCUUUCCUUCAACAUUUUAAAAUAUCAACUGUGAAGCACCUGUACCUGUCUGAAAAUGCUCUAAGAACACUCCCAGGAGACAUGUUUAAGACGAUGCCUUUACUGGAAAAUGCGUAUCUACAUGGAAAUCCUUGGAUAUGUGACUGCAGACUGAAGGGGUUUCUGGAUUGGAAUAAAAACAAUGAAGGUGUGGUGAAAUGCAAAAAGGAUAAAGCUUACGAGGGAGGCCAACUGUGUCCUAUGUGCACCAGUCCUAGGCAGCUAGCUAAGAAAGAGCUCUUACAAUUAGAAAAUCUCUCCUGCACUAGACCAGUUAUUCAGACAGCACUGAAGAUGAACCAAAGCUCCUCAGAGGAAGAUGUGACCAGUGAAUAUUUUCCUACAGAGCAAUAUUAUGAAACUUUUGGAAAUAUAACACUCAAUAUGACAGAUGAGCAUGACAACAGUGUGGAUUUGAACUGCCAUAUCAAAGCACCAAGAGAUUCAACCAGAUUUGAUUUUGACCAUCUCAAUGCCCAACAGAUUGCCAUCAAUAUGACUCUUUCAGUUGAUGUUGAGUGCCCAAUAGGCCGUGAACAUUAUGAAAAGUUGUGGAAGCUAAUUGCAUACUAUAGUGAAGUACCUGUCCAUCUUGCAAGAGAAAUUAUGCUGAGAAAAGAACCUAUGUUAAGUUAUAGAUACAGACAAGAUAGUGGAAAGGACUCCUAUUAUUAUACAGGUGUAAGAGCCAAUGUGCAUUCUCAGCCAUCUUGGCUAAUGCAGUCUUCUCUAAGUAUACAAUUGGACAGAUUGCAGUCUACAGCCAAUCAUGUGCUCUUAAUACUAACCACACAUUUUAACCAAAUAUUGGACACCGAAAUUUCCAGAAGACAGAAAAGCAGAUGGAUCAUGAUUGAGUCAAAAGCCGACACCAAAAAUGCAGUGGUCGUAAUGGCCGGAAGUCUGUGUCAAAUAGACUGCAAUGUGCAGAGCUCAGGAGAUCCACAAAUUAAAUGGGUUUUACCAGACGGUACAAAAGUGGAGGCAUCACAUCACAGCCAGAAUAACAGAGUUUCGGUUUCUAGCAGCGGUAAGCUGGUCAUCAAAGCAGCAGACCAUGCAGAUUCUGGGGUAUACUACUGUGUAGCGCAAGUUAAAGGAGAUACAGACAUAAUGGCCGUUUGGGUUUCUGUGCAGGAAAUGACAAUCCAUUCCUCUGGGGAAGGGGGCAGUUCUCUCAUAAAAAAUGCUGGUGAGCCGAUUUCAUUGCCGUGCAGUGCUGUUGCUGUACCUGAUGCACAAGUCAACUGGAUUCUCCCAAGUAAUAAUGUUGUAAAUAGCCUCUCGAAUAUGACUAGAGCGUAUGUGCUACAAAAUGGCACGCUAUUUGUAGAGCACAGCAGGGUUAGUGACAGUGGAUAUUACAAAUGCGUAGCUGUAAACCAGUAUGGGGCAGAUUCAUUCUCUUCAAAAAUAACAGUCACAAGGCCUUCAUUGACACAGACCAUCCGAAAAAUUCCAAAGAGACCACAGUCAGUGUCUGGUGCAUCUACCAAAAUUAGAAACAGGGUAGCUGAUUAUGAGGAGGCUUCAGGGGAUGACGUUGAAGAGAUCCAGAAAAAGCAGUCGCCUAGAAUUUCUUCAGGCCAUCAAAGUGAAGGUCACAAGAGCAACACGCCAGAAUCAGCAAGACCACCAAGAAGACGAGUACACAAGAACAGGCUGCAAAGUCCUAGUAGAAAUCGCAACACUAAUAAAGGGAAAACAACUUUUGAAUCCAGAAGAAGAGUAAAUGUAUCAAAUAAAAAAAUUGAUCCACAGCAGUGGGCAGAUAUUUUGGCAAAGAUACGCGAAAAAACGUUACUGAAGACAACGGCUCCUCCUCCAGAGGAAAGCCUGCCUACGCAAACAACACCGUCUAAGCAUGUGACCACAACUCUGUCCUCAGAGUCAGAACACACAGAUAAUACUGAUGAAUUUGCCUCGGGUGAAAAUCAUGCUGAUAAUGUGGAAUUGUUUUCUGUAUCGACACCUCAAUCUUAUAUUAAUCAUAAUGAAAUUGAUUUUGUGACAGAAACAAAGACGACAACUUCCUGGGCACAAGUUUCUAAUGUGGACUCAGAUAUCAAGGUAACGGACUCUACACCAUUGUCCUAUACAAUCGAUGAUCUAAAAGCAAAAGAAAACACUGUGGACAACUUUAUUGGAAAUCCUCUGAGUGCUGCUAAUGUACAAGAUAACCGGAGCGAUUCUCUGGACACACAUACUAGUUCUGAAAGAUAUAACGAUCAGCUAUAUUACACACCAAAACUGGAAGCUGAUCAACAUUACCAGCAUAGUACAAUUACUACUACAGAGUUUAAAGUCAAUGAAGACGUGAUUAAAAGCUCAUCUACGGCCCCCACAACUACAGCGUCAACUGAAGAAAGAAAUCAUAAUGGAUUUACAGUUAAUAGUAUGAAACUAAUUCCCAGCAGAAAUGUGAACAGGCUAAAGGACAAUGAAUUAAGACUGGAAACUGUUUCUCUUGUAAAAGAAAAUAUAUCACAACCAAGCAUUCACCAGGCAAACAGAGAAAUCACUUAUUUCUCAGGCUUCAGAAGUACAAUUGCAAGUACCACAACUCCAAACAUCCAAACUACUUCAACCACAACUAAUUCUCAACAUCCUAGGAGAAGGCCCGGCUAUAGAAGACGAUUUAGACCCAAUCGAUUAAGACCAGGGUUAAAUAAAAUCUCAUCAUCUCUGUCUACAACAACAACAACCACCACAGGAAGAACUUCCCUCUUCUACUCCACGCCUGGAACUUUUGUACCUGGACUAAGUAAUACUACGCCUGAUUUGCAUACAAUUAUGAUUCCUGGCACAACAAAUACAAAACCAACUUCCACAACAAUACACAUUAAAACACUGGAAUCAGGAGCUAAGGAGUCGAUUCAAGCUGAGGGAAAGACUCCAACACCUUAUUCAAAAUCCCCUAGUGCAACAGCUCACAUGGUGACCUUACAAAAUCAAACAUUGUCAAUAAACCUUACAAAAAUAAAAUCAAGCAUACAAGUAGGAUGGGAUACAACAAGUACCACUGUUACUACACAACCUGUUAUAACAAAUUCUGGGUCAUUAUCAGAAAGACAACAAGAAAAAUUUGCUAAAAAGCAAUCCACCGUACCAGACUAUGGUACCUCAAUGCCAUUUUUCAAUGAUAUAGUUAGUUCUCUAACAGAUAGUACAGAAUAUCUCCAUCCAGUUUCAGCAACAGAAGCUUCACAUCUACAUUUUUCAACAACUCACUCCACCACAGCAAAUCCUACAACACAUCCUUUAAGGGAAUUUUCUCCAGAACAGCAACAGGUGUCAAAAAAUCCUGCAAAAUAUGUUGAUGCCAUCUUAAAUGUAAAGCAAGCUACAAUAACCUCCAGAAAUCAAGUGGCAACAAAGCAGCUGUCACCAUUCCAAAUUUCUUCUACUCCUUUCCCAAACCAAGUGACAAAAGAUCGCUCCAUCAUUACAACCACAGCAGCUUCUACUUCACAGAUGCAAGUAAAAUAUUUUCCUACAAAUAUAACUGUUAAAGAUGACGAGGUACAAAAACCACUCAAGUUGUAUACAAAUUCAAGUACUGUGAAUGAAACCAAUGGUACCGGGCAACUAGGGGGUAUCGGUAAAUAUCACAGUACAGAUGUGCCAAUGUCUGUGAAGCUUUCAACACAAUCACCUUUCCCAUCUGUAAAUAUGUGGUCUCAGAGUUCUAAAUCAAAUAGAACUUCAACCAGCAGAGAAAGCUCCACAGUGAAAAUGGCAGUAGUGAAUACUCCACGAAAAAAUGAGUUAAGCUCCACUAUGAAAACAACAACUUCUUCUCCACAAUUCCAUCAAAAUGUAUCCCUACAAAACAACAAUAAACAUUCUAAUGCUAUUCAGAACGGCUUGGUUUGGAACUCAAGGACUCCUACUUCAAAUUUCAUUCCCAAUAAGCAUGGCCUAAACCCAAGAGUGCCAAGCAUAUUUCAGAGAUUCCCAUAUUACCAUAAUGGAAGAAACCCUUUCUUAAGGCCUAAUUCAGACCUAUUUAGAACACCAGUCAGGACCAAUCCUCCUACAACUACAACCACAGUGAAAGCCAUAAAACCGAGCACUUCUUUCAAAAAGGAGAAGGUCACAACUCCAAAACCACCUACUGUGAAAAUAACACAGUCUCCCACAACAACACCAGCAUUAAGUAUUAGAGCUCCUCAGACACCUUCAACUACCACGAAUCCAAAGACUACUGCCUUAUACACGCAGUGGAAUGGUGUCUUCAACUACAGACCUCUUCAUCCCCAUUUCAUUCCAAGUAAGGAAAGGACUAUGCAGCGGCCGUCUCAUAUUCCUCAUCCUUCAACUGAUAUUCGUGUUUCUCAUCGGGGCCCCAAAAUCACCACAAUGAAUGUUCAUACUGUGACUGUCCAUGCAGAAAUGGAUGCCAUUUUACCCUGUGAAACUACUGGAGAACCUAAGCCAUUCCUUUCAUGGACUAAAGUGUCAACAGGAGCUGUAAUGGCAAUAAACACAAGGAUACAAAGAUUUGAAGUUCAUGGAAAUGGAAGCUUUAUUAUUCGUAAAGCUCAGCUUCAGGACCGUGGACAGUACCUUUGCACUGCUCAGAACCAAUAUGGCAUGGAUAAAAUGAUCAUCAUGUUAAUGGUGGUGGCUCAGCCCCCCAAAAUGACUGUAUCCCGUUACCGAGACGUGACAGUAUACCUUGGAGAUACAGCCAAUCUGGAGUGCAGAGCACAAGGCAUUCCGUCUCCCAAACUUUCGUGGAUACUGCCAGACAGGACAAUGCUACACUCAGAAGGCUCAGGAAAGGGAAGAAUAAUAAUGAUGGGAAAUGGAACUUUAAGUGUUCCAGCCACCAGCUUCCUAGACAAAGGAAUUUAUAAGUGCAUAGCCAGCAGUGUUGCAGGAGCAGACAGCAUAACAGUCAGGUUACAUGUUACGGCCUUACCUCCCAUGAUUCAACAGCAAAGAAGUGAGAAUCUUACCUUGGCAGAAGGGCAAAAUAUUUACAUUCACUGCACUGCUAAAGCUGCUCCUCUUCCCAACAUCCGCUGGAUCAUCUUUGAUGGGACCCAGAUCAGACCAUCUCAGUUUGUCAAUGGCAACUUGUUCGUCUUUCCAAAUGGGACCCUCUAUAUUCGCAAUGUAACCCCAAGAAACAAUGGGAAUUAUGAAUGCAUGGCAAGUAAUGCAGUUGGAGCAUCCCGAAGAACAGUUAGCCUGAGUGUGAUGAAGAGUGCUUCUACUGCAAAAAUCAUUGCAGCCUCUCCGCAAAGAAGUGAAGUCACUUAUGGAGGUACUCUUCAUUUGAACUGCACCGCCUCUGGUGACCCUGGGCCAAGGAUAAUAUGGAGGCUACCCACAAAGAGGCUUAUUGAUGCACAGUACAGCUUCGAUUCCCGGAUUAAAGUUUAUGUCAAUGGUACAUUAGUAGUCCAUAUGGUCACAGAAAAAGAUGAAGGAGACUACUUAUGUGUGGCAAGAAACAAGAUGGGCGAUGACUACAUUUUACUUAAAGUAAAUGUCAUGAUGAAGCCGGCCAAAAUAGAAUACAAACAGCAGACCAACCACAAAGUUACAUAUGGAGGCAACCUGAAAGUAGACUGUAUCGCAUCAGGACUGCCCAACCCUGACAUCACGUGGAGUUUACCAGAUGGCACCGUGGUCAACAGUGUCAUGCAAUCUGAUGACAAUGGCUUACGUACCCGGAGAUAUGUGGUGUUUAACAAUGGUACCUUGUUCUUCAAUGAAGUAGGAAUGCGGGAGGAAGGAGAUUAUACAUGCCAUGCUGAAAACCGAAUGGGAAAGGAUGAAAUGAAAGUGCAUGUUGUGGUGGUGGCAGACACACCAGUCAUCAGGCAUAAAAAUUACUCGGUUGUGAGUGUUCCAUAUGGAGAAUCAAUUUCGCUGAAAUGUGAGGCAAAGGGUGAACCGAUUCCAAAGAUAACAUGGCAUUCUCCAACUAACAGAAUAAUUUUCUCCUCUUCGGAUAAGUAUCAGAUACACAAUGAUGGUACUCUGUUGUUACAAAAAGUGCAGAGGUUUGAUAGUGGAAAUUACACCUGUGUUGCAAAAAACACAGCUGGGGAGGACAAAAAGGUCAUUCGAGUGGACAUCCAAGUUAUCUCGCCAUCAAUCAAUGGGAACAGAAGUGCUGUGAGCAAUAUUAAAGUGAAAGCCAUUAAGGAGCAUCGUAUGUUGUUGGAUUGUAGAGCAGAAGGAAUGCCUAUUCCACGAGUGAUGUGGGUCUUGCCAGAAAAUGUUGUUCUGCCCGCACCAUAUUAUGGAAGCCGAUUCACAGUGCACCGGAAUGGAACCCUAGACAUAAAAUCCUUGAAAAAGACAGAUUCUGUCCAGCUAGUCUGCAUUGCUCGUAAUGAAGGAGGAGAAGCAAGGCUUAUAGUUCAUCUAGAUGUUAUAGAAGAUUUACAGGCACCCAUACUAAAGAAUCCUUUAAAAGAGAUUUUGUCUCUAACUGCUGGGUCAAACUUGCAAAUAAAUUGUUCUGCUGAGGGUAAACCAGUGCCAGAUAUUCUAUGGAUCCUUCCCAAUGGAAGUCACCUUACUAAUGGGAAGCAGCUUUCCAAUAUCUAUCAUACACAAGAUGGCACUUUGCAUAUUCACCAUCCAUCAGUCACAGAAGCUGGCACCUACCGCUGCGUAGCCAAGAAUACGAUAGGCCAAGCAGAAAGAACGGUUGUGCUUGAAAUCGGCAAAAAGCCAGAAAUUAAUAACCCGUACACAGGUUUGGUGAGCAUAAUCAACGGUGAAAAUUUGUUGCUCAACUGUGCAUCGGUAGGAGACCCACAACCAAAGAUAUUCUGGUCAUUGCCUAAUGGGAUGACUCUAAGCCGACCCCAAACAGCUGGCCGAUACGCAGUUCUUCAGAAUGGCUCGCUAUCCAUUCAUCAGGCAUCUGUCUACGAUAGAGGGACCUUUUCCUGCAAGGCUGUCAAUGAAUAUGGAACCACAUCAAUGAGUGUGGCUGUGAUUGUCAUUGCUUAUCCACCAAGGAUUACAAGCAGCCCACCUUCAGUAACUUAUGCCACCCCCGGGAGUGCUGUUCACUUAAACUGUAUGUCCAUAGGCAUCCCAAAACCUGAGGUGACAUGGGAACUGCCGGACAAAACACACCUCAUGGCAUCUGCUCAGCCGCGACUUUUUGGGAACAAAUACCUUCAUCCUCAAGGAUCGUUAAUCAUUCAGAAUCCAUCCCAAAGGGACGUAGGGUAUUACAAGUGCACUGCUAAAAAUCUUAUAGGAAGCGACUCAAAAUCGACAUACGUACACGUGUUCUGAUUUGUAAACAUGACUUUAAAAUAUGCCCGUUCAACUGCUAAUGUUUGUACAGGAGAUACUACUAACUACAAGUAACUUAAAUGGACAAAGCAAUGGAGUAGUAGAGAAUGGAACAGGAUGGUUGAAGAAGUAUGGCAUUUGCAAUAAGCCCUUAAAUUGUGACUUUUAUAUUGAUAAAAAGAAUGAAAUUAAACAUAAAUAUCAGAAAGUGAAAAAUGGGUAGUUUUAUACUUUUAAAUAGCAGCCAGUAAUCCUUGUUUAAUAUGGAAAAGGGAAAAGUAAAUGCACUCAAGUGUAGAAAGUUGGCAUUCAUCCGAAACAAACAAAAGGAGUGUUGAGGGAUAGUUCCAUCUUUCUCAAACUUCAGUCCAUCAAUGAACAGCCACUUGUGGUGACUCUGGGAUUUUUAUAUUGGUGUUCCGGAAGGAGUAGGAAGCAGAACCUAAGUCAAUUUUCAUCUGGCUGGUAUGCUUCUGAACUGCAGACAGAAAGUGAGAUGGAGUUAGUGACAGCGGCUCUACUCUAUUCGCGGUGGUAUUGUUUACCUUGAGCCCUGAAGAUGUCCCUAAAGCACGC